CCAGUCAUUGAGAAAUGUACAUCCCAAUAUUGCGAUAUCUAUCUGUUAAAAGAACUGAUUCAAAAGAUAAAGAGAAAUGGAAAUAGUUGGAAACACAUCGAAUUGCGCGCAGUGUAAAAGACAGUGUUCACGGAAAACAACAGAAAUGUGGUUUCAACAAUUAAUUUUGAGUAUAUUAGUUUUGAGUGUUAGUGGUCUCGCCCAGAAUUCAGAAGAUAUAGACGUAAACUUGUUUUCAAAUGAGAUUGAAUUAUGGACGCAGUUGCACCAUGAAAGAGAAUUAUUCAAAGAUAUGAUAAAUUCUUUGAAAAUUCCUACAGAACUACAGAACUCUGACUGGAGAACAUUUUCAGCAAAUGCAGGCUCUAAAAUAUGUGUGUUAUGUCGUGGAAUUUUGAGAACGUUUAUCAAUUUACGACGUAAAGGAAUGUCUGAAGAAGAUAUAAGAAAUAAUAUAAUUAAAUUAUGCAUACUGUUUAAUAUUCAAACUGAAAAUGUUUGCAAAGGAGUUAUUGAAUUAAACUUGCCUAUCAUUUUAUACAUCAUCGAUUCUAAACCAAAUUUGACGGCUGCUACAAUUUGUGGUGUGGUCCUAGAAUCAAAAUCUUGUCCCUUGACUGAUCCUGAAUUUGACUGGAUUAUUGAUGUUAAUAACAAUUCUCACGCAGUUACGGAAAAUGAAACGCAAGAAGAAAUAAAAAUUCUACAUAUAACAGAUAUUCAUUAUGAUCCUCUCUAUGAACCGAAUGGUAAUUCCAAUUGUGGAGAACCACUUUGUUGUCAAAAAGGACAAAAUAAAUCUGAUAUGACUUCAUUCGCUGGCUUUUGGGGAGAUUAUAACUCUUGUGAUACUCCAUGGCAUGCGAUCACUGAUGCUUUAGAGCACAUGAAAGAUACACAUCAGGGUAUAGAUUUUAUAUACUUCACUGGCGAUAUCAUAGAUCACGGAGUAUGGGAAACUUCAGAAGAAGGAAAUAUACAAAGUCUUACAAAAAUUUAUGACUAUAUUCAUAGUGUUUUUAAUAAUACUAUAAUAUAUCCAAUACUUGGAAAUCAUGAAUCAAAUCCUUUAAAUCAAUUUGCACCAAAAAAUAUAACACAAGACAAUUUAACUACAAAUUGGCUAUAUGAAUUAGUGGCUGAUUUAUGGAUUGGAUAUGGAUGGUUACCAGAAUCUGCACGAUCUACUAUAUCUCAAGGAGGAUAUUACACUGUUGUCCCCAAAAAAGGGUUUAGAAUCAUAACUUUAAAUAGUAACGUGUGUUAUUCCUACAACUGGUGGCUUUGGUAUAAUCCAAAAGAUCCUGAUAAUCAAUUACACUGGCUUGCAACUAUUCUUUCUGAAGCAGAAAAGAACAAUGAAUUUGUACAUAUUUUGUCACAUAUACCUCCUAAUAGUAAUAGCUGUCUAAAAACGUGGAAACGAGAAUAUUUAAAAAUAGUCAAUAGAUUCUCACAUUUAAUAAAAGCUCAAUUCAAUGGCCAUACUCACAAUGAUGAAAUAGCAAUAUUGUAUAAUUCUGAUAUGGAAGCAAACAAUGUUGCUUGGAAUGGUGGUAGUAUAACAACUUACACAAAAUUGAAUCCAAAUUAUAAAGUAUAUACAGUAAAUUGCAGAAAUUAUGAAGUAGCUGAUUACCAAAAUUGGAUGUAUGAUCUCAGUUCUGCCAAUGAAAAUAUCCAUGCAAGACCAACUUGGUAUAAAUCGUAUUCCUUUAAAACAGAAUAUGGUCUUCCAAAUUUAUCUGUUAAAUCUUUAAAUAAUUGGCUUCCUAAAGUAGCAAAAAAUGAAACACUAAUAAACAAGUAUUACAGGAAUUUUUACAAGCAAGCUAAACCUUCUUUACAAGAAACUUGUGAUAUAAAUUGCAAAAAGAAACUUUUAUGUAGAGUAAUUGUUCAUUCAAAAAAAAAAAUGCUAUGCGAUAACAUUUUAACUUCUUCAGUACAUGUUUUAUAAAAAAGAGUUAUAAGUGCAUAAUAUGUUUUUAAUAAAUAAACGAAAUAAAUUUUUCUCAAU